AUGUUGACCCCUGCAAGCGGCAACCCUUCCGAGGCCGAUGCCCCCUCAAAGGACGGCGCCUCGCAGACGAGAUCCCAGUUCGUUUUGCGGUACUACAUGCGUGAUUCCGAAUGCGUAUCCUAUCCAUACGGCCAUUGCGCUAACGACGAUUCGGAGCCCCGGCUUUUCCGCUACAAGGAGGAAUGCGAGGAUGCUUGCUUGAGUGGGCCCGGAAAUCUGGGGACCCCGAAGGAAACCAAAUCUUCGGAAGCCCCGGAAACGACCCGCUCGACGACACCGACCACGACGACCACCACGGAAUCAGAGUCGGAAUCCGAGGAAUCCAACGAAUCGACUGAAGCACCCCGAACUGAAUGCGAGCGUCGUCGCGCCGCUUCUGGAAGUGGAGGUCUUGUCCGCGGUGGCUGGAUCCCAGAAUGCUCCUCCGAAGAUGGAUCUUUCGAAAAGAUGCAAUGCGAACCGAAUGGCCACUCGUGCUUUUGUGUCGAUCAUCGGGGAAUCGAGCUGCCGAACUCGCGGAUGCGCAGCGGAAAGCCCGACUGCGAGAGCAUCGCCACCGCCGGCGCUCCGCGCACCAAUGAAUGCCAGGGCGGACCCGUGCCUGGCCCGUGCUCCACCUCACUACAAAGGUGGUACUACGACGAAUCGGCGAAGAAGUGCAAGACGUUCCACUACUCGGGAUGCGGCGGAAAUGGAAAUAACUACGCGACGGAACACGCGUGUCACGAUCGCUGUGCCCCCGUUGCCCAAGUGGCCCCGAAAUGCGAGAGAGGCGAGCCUCUGAAAACCGUGACUGGCGCGCCGAUCAACUGCGCAAAGCGCGAUUGCCCCUCCGGCUACGAGUGCUCCACCGUACAGGGAAGCGCCGUCUGCUGUCCACAGAACGACAAGAGUGUGGGAGCCCUGGAUUCUGGACGACCGGCCGUUGGCGGUGACGUCUGCCAGAUGCCAAAGGAGCGAGGACCCUGCGAUCACUACGAGCUACGAUUCUACUACAACCCCGACAAUAAGGAGUGCAAAUACUUUUUCUACGGCGGUUGCGAGGGAAAUGGCAACAAUUUCGAGAAGGUUGAGGACUGCGAGCAGCGAUGCAAUGUUACACGCGCGCCCCGUUUCGGCCACAUCUCGCACCCGCUGAACGCCAACCAGCCUCUGGGUACGGUACCCGGAAUCCGUGUCACUACCACUACUGCUACGACUACGCGACGCUCCGCCACUACCACCACCGCCAAGCCCACUACGGCCGCUAGGACGAGUACCCACUCGCCGACGACCACGACGAAGGCGGCGCCCCUUCAGAAGCUGUUCACCCUCAAGCCCGAGAUGCCCGACGCCGAUUUGGCUCUGCUCGAAGUGAACCGUUGCAAGCACCCGCGCGACGUCGGAACGUGCCGCGGCCAAUUUGUCCGCUGGUUCUUCAACACGGAGAGUCUGGAAUGCGAGGUAUUCACCUACUCUGGAUGUGCCGGAAAUGGCAACAACUUUGCUACGCGUGAAGAGUGCGCACUGACCUGCUCGCGCCUGGCCCCUACUACCGCCCAGCCGCUGCCUGAUACCGUACCCCCAGAGGUGGCCAACGUGUGUCUGCAUGACGUUGAUGCCGGAGAGUGCAAUGGUGUUUUCAAGCGCUUCGCCUUCGACGGCGAGACCGAAAACUGCCGUCCAUUUACCUACGGUGGAUGUGGAGGCAACGGUAACAACUUUGCCACCAUCGACGAGUGCGAGCAAAAGUGUCAUGGCGUUAAGCUGCCAAAGGGUGUCGAGCCCUCAAAGGUGCACACGGGAGUGACGACUGAUGCCCCAAUUCCGCCUACCAUUAAUGUGUGCGAUCAUCCGGUUGAUAAGGGACCUUGUGCUGGAACUUUCCAGCGUUUCGCCUUCGACCAGUUGACCGGUGACUGUCUACAGUUCACGUACGGAGGAUGCGGAGGAAACGGCAACAACUUUGCGUCAGCCACCGAGUGCCGCAAGGAAUGCCUCGACAGGGAGAAGCCCAGCCAGAAAUCCACCACAUCGACAGCUGUGGUCCGGUGCCCGCCAGCGCCGCGCUGCGAAUCCGGCUGCACGCUGUUGAGGGACACGCACGGAUGCUUCACCUGUGAUUGCCCCUCCAGGAGUCUCCCACCAGCCCCAAUCCCCCAAUCGCGUGCCCAGUGCCCGAAGCUGGAUGUUGAUGCCUGUGUCGAGCCGUGCAUCGUCUUCCAGAAUCGCAAGGGAUGCCAGGAAUGCGUGUGCCCGCUACCUACCGGCCCUCAACUUCACCGUCUGCCCGAAAAUCGUGGGCCUCAGACGUUCGAUAAGCGACCCCUCGUCGAGCUCGAACGCCCCACCGUGGCCCCCACGCGUAUCCAGACCCGUGCCCCAGCCACGUUCACGACGACCACCCGCCGAAAUGGACCCCAACCGCCACAGUCGCCGAUGACGAUGACGGAGAAAUGCCUGCAACCGGUCGACCCGGGACCGUGCAGCCACUUUGUCGAUCGGUACUUCUUCGACCCGGCCGACGGACAGUGCCAUCCAUUUAAGUACGGAGGCUGCGCCGGCAACCGUAACCACUUCUUCACGCUCCGCGAAUGCGAGAUCCACUGCGCCCGGUUUAGUCCACACCCAUCACCCGACGCACCGCAGUGGCCUAUGCGCGAGCAUUUUGCCGCUUUUAUCGACACCGGCUAUAUCCCGCAAAUCAACACCCAGUUCAACGACAAAAUCGAAAACCCCGACACGCCACAACUGGCCGAGAUCCCUGAGCAGCACUCGCCCUCAUCCAAAAACACCUGCAAAAAUUGGGCCACCCCGAAAAUGGGACCCAAUUUAUCGCCAUUCAAAUUGAGGACAACCCGAAUCCGGGAGAGAGCU